AUGGUUCUCGAGGCGGUCAUGGUUGUCGUUGACAACAGCGAAAGCAGCCGCAAUGGAGACUACCAACCUACACGAUUCGACUCACAAGUGGAUGCGGUCAAUGUCCUAUUCCAGAGCAUCACGCAGGGCAAUCCCGAGUCCUCCGUAGGCCUUAUGAGCAUGGGAGGCAAAGGGCCCGAAGUCCUCGUCACUCUGACGACAGAGCAAGGCAAGAUCCUUGAUGGUCUGCACCGCACAAAGAAGAAGAUUGGCGGCUCGUCACACCUCAAGACGGGUAUUCAAGUUGCUGCACUCGCCCUGAAGCACCGACAAAACCGAUCGCAACGUCAACGCAUAAUAGUCUUCGUUUGCUCGCCCAUCGACGAGACCGAGAAGGAGCUCAAGACCCUGGCUUUCAAGAUGAAGAAGGCCAACGUCUCUGUCGACUUUGUCCUGUUCGGCGAUCUCGACGACGACGACACAAAGAACAAACUCGAACUGUUCAACGAGGCCGUCAAGAGCAGCGAGGGCUCCCACUUUGUUGUCAUCCCGCCUAGCAGCAAGCUGCUAAGCGACCAGCUCGUGUCCAGUGCGAUCCUGCUCGGCGAGAACGCCGGAAGCGGCGGCGGCGGCGGCAUGGGCGACGGCAACGAAGAGUUCGAGUUUGGCUUCGACCCCGCGCUGGAGCCCGAGCUGGCGCUCGCGCUGCGUAUGAGCAUGGAGGAAGAGAAGGCGAGGCAAGAAAAGCGCGCGCGCGAGGAGGAAGAGGCUGCCACCAAGGCAUCUAUGGAGAGUGUCGCGGAGGAAGGCAAGGGCAGUGGGAGCGGCAAGGCUAAGAAGGAUGACGGCGACAAGAUGGAUACGUCUUGA